AUGCAGUCGCUUAACGUCUUGGGUCUCAACUGCGGGACAAGCAUUGAUGGUAUCGAUGUUGCACACUGUCGAAUCUCAGCUGUACCAUCGUCGAACGAUGUGCACAUUGAUCUGCUGUCCUAUGUAGAGAUACCUGUCAACCCAGCUAUCCGAAGUCAAGUCCUCCGCUUAUGCCGCCCCAAUGAAAAAGAAGCCGCAACAUCUCUGGCUGAAAUAUGCGACCUCAACUUCGCGCUCGGUCGGGAGUUCUCCCGCGCAGUCAUAGAGUCUGGGAUCGAAUUAGCCCAAGUUGACCUAAUCGCCAGCCACGGGCAGACGUUAUGGCACCAACCGCUUGGGGAGCAUCGCUCGACCCUCCAGAUGGCAGAGCCUGCGGUCAUCGCCCAAAGAACAAAGAAGCAAGUUAAUUAA